UUUACGAACGGAUCGCCAAGUCUCUCCUUCACAAUAGCAGGAUACCACUCCAACACCUUUCCACUCCUCAUUUCAUGAUUUUCUUCUGUCUCGCUUCUUUUGUAACGAUAAAUGCCUCUCUAAUAGAAGAAAUAAAAAUGCGAAUGAUUGAUAUAGGUGUUAGGCCAAAGAGAGAUCCAUGAAUUUGGACACCAAUAUUUUCUGGAUUCUUCCUAUUUUGAAAUAACUUCUCUUCUAGGAGAUAUAAUUACCACUCACUCACAGACAAAGCAAGUUUCACCAAAACUUUAUGAUCCAUAUGCAUGACAAUGUGAAUGAGCUUGUUUAUAAUCAUGGAUUCAUCAUAAUGUAUUUUUUUUUUUGUAGAUGGAUCGCCGGAGAAUAUACGAUAGGCAGAACAGCUCUUCAGGGACGCCGUCGUCGCCGUCUUCGCCGGUGAAUAUGAUAUCGCCCCUGCACCGCCACGCGCGUGCGGGUUCGACCGGCUCCGCCAUGACCAACGUCCGGAGAGCUCAGAACAACGCCACCAAAGCCGCCGCGCAGAGACUCGCACAGGUUAUGUCGCAUACCGACGACGAUGACGAAGACGAGGACGACGUUCCUCUCGACUAUUCCGCAAUCGCCGGUGGCGGAGGCAUUGGCCUCGGCGGCGGAAGACCAAUGCCAGCUCGCUCUCCCAUGGCAGUUCGGAGCGUUCAGGAUGCUGCAUCUGCAAGGUCUCGGUCACCAUUGCCAGCUGUUCGCUCUGUUCAAGAACAACCAUCUGCGAGAUCACGUUCCCCCGCGUCAGUUCGCUCCGUUCAAGAACAACCGCCAUCUGCUAGAUCGCGUUCCCCUGCGUCAGUUCGCAUGGGUCAAGAACCUCCACAAUCUGUGAGAGGCAUGCCGAGUGUUCGAUCAUCUGCCUCUUCAAAUGCUCUAGCUGAGCAACCUCCACCUCGAACACCCACUCUAACGAAUAACGCAGAGCAACAACCGCCUUCUGCUCGUUUAACGCCAGGAAACCGAACCCUGGAAUUGUCUCCUUCCGCUCGCACUAUAAUAAUUACACGGUCGCCUCAACCCAGCAGUGCCAACAAUGAUCAGCCUCCCUCUGCUCGCUCAACCUCGGGCCGUCCCAGUGGACUUUCUAAGGUGGUUCCCAUGGUGCCACCUAGUGUACCUAUUACACUCAGACCGGUCUCCUCUGUUGGUGUUCCUCCCUCUGAGCCUCUUCUUGAUAUUAGAAAAGACAGAAGGCAUGCUGCUGCUACUGUUCUUAUUUGCUUUUACAUUUCAUUGUCACUUGAUCUGGGUAGUAUGAAGGUAAGGGAAAAUGCCAAUCAGCAGCAGCGUCCUACCAGUGAGCUUGAGGACGAGCUUGAUAUGUUACAAGAAGAAAACGACAAUUUGGUUGAUAAGCUUCGACUUGCAGAAGAGAAGUGUGAAGAAGCUGAAUCAAGAGUUAGGCAACUAGAACAACAGGUUGCUACCCUUGGAGAAGGUGUAACUUUGGAGGCUCGCCUUUUAACCAGAAAAGAGGCAGCAUUGCAGCAAAGAGAGGCUGCUCUGAGAAAUGCAUCAAAGAAUCAUGGAGGUUUUCAAACAGCGCUUCAGGCGGAUGCUGAGACUGCAAGGGAGGAGACCGCGUCUGCUUUCGAAAAACUACGGCUUAUGACUCAACGAAUGAUACUCACCCCGGAAGAAAUGGAAGAGGUUGUUUUAAAGAGGUGUUGGCUAGCUCGGUAUUGGGGUUUAUGCGUUCGACAUGGUAUUCAUGCUGAUAUUGCUGAAGCAAAAUACAAAUACUGGUCUAUGUUCGCCCCGAAUCCGAUUGAAGUUGUAUUAGCAGCAGCAAAGAAAGCUAAAGAGGAAAAAGACCUCGAUGUAGAGGAUACAGAGGGUCAACUUGACCUGAAGGAACUUUCUGGAGAGGGAAAUAUUGAAAACAUGCUUUUUGUUGAGCAAGGUUUGCGGCAAUUGGCUUCACUAAAGGUAGAAGAAGCAUUGGCGGUUGCAUUGGCUCAACAUAGGCGACCAAAUAUGUUGAAAGCUGGUUUUUCAGAUGACCUAAAAUUACCAAUUGAAGGGCAGUGUGAUGCAUUUGAAUUGAGUCAGGAGGAGGCUGAAGAUGUAUCUUUUAAACAGGCUUGGCUUGCUUACAUUUGGAAGAGAGCAAAAAGGCAUGAGAUAGAACCUGACAUAGCAAAUGAGCGUUUCCAGCACUGGAUCAAUCACAACUCAAUGACUCCUACCUCACAAGACGCAGUUGAUGUUGAACGUGGACUUGUAGAAAUCAAAAGGUUGGAUAUUGAAACGCAACUAUGGGAUGAAUCUCGAAGAGAAUUGGAGCAAGAGAUUGGCAAUUCAAACAUACCCGGUCGUUCUGACUUUUGAUAUAGUCCAAGUAGAUUAUAUUGUUCCAAAAUUUAUUCUUUUCACAAACUUUUUUAAAAUUUAUUUUGUAAUUUAGUUAAUCAAAAGAGUUGGA